CUUUGACUUGAUGUCUGGUUUUGAAUUGGGAGGCAGGAGUUAGUGGGUUUGCUGCUGAUUGUUGCUAAAGUCAUGGGAUUUUUCUUUAGAUUUUUGCUGCUAUCCAUUUUUGCCAGUGGAUUAGGUCAAGUAAAUGCUGACCAUACUGGAUCUGAAAAAUAUAAAGAUGAAGUACUGAUUUUUCAUUCUCGCUCAAAUAAUGAGCCUAGCUUUCCUGUUGAGCCUGACUACCCAACAGGAGGCCCAGUGGGUCCCAUGUACCUGCCCCAGGGGCCUAAAUGGCACAAUAAGCUUAUGCCUCCCCAGCAGCAGUAUCCUGGCGUCCCUCCCAUGGGCCCCAGGCCGCACCAGCAGCAGUAUCAUGGCGUCCCUCCUAUCGUACCAGAGCCCCAACAGCAGCAGUAUCCUGGCGUCCCUCCCAUGGGCUUUAGGCCGCAGCAGCAUCAUGACAUCCCACCUAUGGGCCCCAGGCCGCAGCAGCAUCCUGGCGUCCUUCCCAUGGGCCCCAAGGCCCACCACCAGCAGCAGCAUCCUGGCGUCCGUCCCAUGGGCCCUGAGCCCCACCACCAGCAGCAGCAUCCUGGCGUCCGUCCCAUGGGCCCCAAGCCCCACCACCACCAGAAGCAGCAUCCUGGUGUCCCUCCCAUGGGCCCCAAGCCCCACCAGCAGCA